CAUUUCUUCUCUCUUUUGCAGCCUCUCCCAAUCCAAAGCUCCCAUAUUUACAUCUUCAAACCAGCCCAUGGAAGCUUCUUAACAUUUUUCUUCAUCUGGUUUCAGAAAAUCGUUGGAGUUUGCUUCCUUUGAUUUUUCUUCAUAUUUUCUGUGUUCGGCGACGGGAGGGAGGGUGCUGCUUGUGUUAUGUUUUGUUUUGUUUUUUAAAUAAUAAGUAGAGCUUAGAGGACCGGUUCAGCUGCACGAGGACAGGAGGAAAAAAAAAUGCCUCUAUAUGAUUGUAUGCUUCUAUUGAAACCCCAUGUGACGAAUGAGGCCUUAAUGGACUUGGUUGCCCGAAUAGGAAAACACAUUUACCGACGAAAUGGGGUUCUCACCGACAUGAAGUCUUUUGGAUCUGUUCAAUUGGGUUAUGGAAUCAAGAAGCUUGAUGGGAGGUACUACCAGGGUCGACUGAUGCAGAUGACAAUGAUGGCUACACCCAACAUCAACAAAGAGCUGCAUUACCUUAACAAGGAAGACAGAUUGCUGCGUUGGCUUUUGGUUAAACACCGUGACACAAAAUAUGGGCUGGAACUUCUAAGUGAGGAUGAUGGGAAACGUGAGCUCAGUAAAUUUUCUCGGAGUAGCCUAUAUGAUGACGAGGACAUUGAUGAGGAUGAUGACGACGACGAUGAAUAUGAUGCGGACCAAGAGCAGAGUAAAGAGCAGUGAGCAUGGUGGAUGCUGAAUGAUGCUGGUUUUCUCCUUUUACAGUGGGAUCCCAGAGCGGUAUGAUAACUCUAGAGAGUUCAUCUUCCAAAUGGUGUGAUAACUUGGCAGGCUGUGACAUGUAUGGGAAACUCGAGAACUAAGCCAUUCUAGUCAUUGAAUUUUGGCACAUGCACUUUUAAACUAGUCUUGUCAUUAGCAAUAAACAGGCUAUUUUGAGAA